CUUCUUGUUGACAUUACAUUUCCUGAAUGACCAGAGAGAUUUUUCCUUUUGUUUAAAUGAUUUUUAAUAAGUGGUGAUUGCAGACGUUUAAAAUCAUGAGUGAUCCGUAUUUGAAACGGGCUUUUGCUCUCGAUGAUAUCGACCCUGACGAUAUUGAUCUGAAUUCCAAUCCGACAACAGGAAUGGAUUAUCUCUACAGAGUGCGUUUAGAAACUAGACAGUGUCCUAAAGUUGUUGUGGCAAACAUCGAUACAGCGCAGUUUAUAAACAAACAAACUGUCCAGGUGGAUAUUUAUAGCGGUUUUAUUGCCGCGCGUCCUGGUUACGAACCGGAUCCAGAUUGGCAAGAAUUGGUGAUGGAUGACUUUCGCUCCCAUAAGACGCACAUGACAGAAAACCGAAUCGCUCUAAAGGAAAAGUUCCGCCGUCGUCCUGUUCCCAAAAUUAACCAAGCAGAGGAAUGGUGUUUAUAUUGCUUGGGAGUUGAAUGCCACAAAAAAGUCUACUGUGAUGAUACUGCUUCAGAAAUAUCAGAUUCCGAAAAAUCAGGCCCCCAAGCAAAAAGGUCUCGUUUGAGUACAGAUGUUCACCUACCAUUUCUCAGCGUGAUGGCCCAUUUGGAUCAAAAUAGAAUCAAAAAGUUAUUGUCGUAUUUUGAUACGUGGUUGGAUGAUAUUAACUUCAGCCACCAAGUGGGGAAGUGGAUAUAUGCUUUGUUGGUUUGUUUGGAAAAACCUUUAGAUCCUAACACCUGUUCUCUUUUGCGCAACUUAUCAAAGCAUUGUUGUAGAUUUCGGGAUAGCUUGUCAAGUCCUGAUGAUAAGUUAUUGAUCUCAUUGAACAUGAUCAUCACCAUCAUAGCUUAUCAUUUUGAUCAAAAGGAUCUUUGUGACAAUUUCCGUAAUUUUGACUAAAUAUUUAGUAAUUAAUCAAAGAAAUUUGUUGAUUAA